AUGGAUUGCUGCAAGUGGGGACCGCUCGGCGCGGGCGCAGGCUGGGCGGGCGGUCGCUACGCUGCGCCGCCUUACGCGCCCCAGCCCUCGCCUUACCCGCCUUACUACCCGCACGCGCACGACUAUGCACGUUACUACCGCUACGACUAUCCUACGCCGCACGCGCAUCAUGCUGAACACGCUAUGCCAAUGGAUUAUGGUGCGUACGCGCUGAAAGAAUCACGAGGACGAAGGGCACUCACUCGCAGAGAACAGCGUAUUCAUCCUGCACUACAACAAUUUCCUGUGUCGCAUACGCCACCACUAGAAUGCGGAAUGACCAAUCGAGGUCAUGGGUACUGCGAGCCGCAUGUUUGGCCACAUUAUCAGAUGGGUGUGCUAGCAGGGAGUGGUUGGAACGGCACCAAUGGUGGCGUGUGGCCUUCGCGAGUUCCACAGAACAUGUGUUCACGGGAAUCGAUGCGUUAUGGACCGGAUUGUCGGUUAAUGCAGAACACCCAAAACCACAUCACACACGAUGGCCGAUCCACACCAUAUCCUGUUUACGACACAGGCUAUGAAAGCAAGCGCGGUAGCAAUGACUUUCCAAUGCGAGUCCCACCAGCAGAAGUCCCACAACCAGUGCGGGAAACUAUCGAAACUCGCCCACCUGAAGUGGUGCGUCCUCCAGUGGUGCCAUUGCCAGCGUUUCAACAAGCUUUUGGCUCCACCGAAAUAGGAAAGUUCGCGGAGGCGUUUAGUCGAGCGGACCUGGCGCACGAAACAGACGAGUGUGAAAACUUCGCGUUCGAGCCAUUUGGCGAUUGGGAAGGCUCAUCCGACCAGUGGACGCCACCCGUCAAAGAAAUAAAAUGCGAAGAUACCUUUUAA